AUGAUUUUAUGUCACAAGUAUCAUUUAGGCUUAAGUCAGGAUAUUGACAUUGUGAAGGAGGAUAUAGCAGACAUAGAUAUUAGAGAUAUUGUAACACAGAUUGAUUCCUUAGAUAACUUUGAAAAUAUUCCUGAUCAAAUCCUUGAUGCACUUGUGGAAAUUGGUUUUACUAAAAAAAUCACCAAAGAGAAUAAACUUGAAGCAAUCACAAGCAUAAUGCUGAACACAGUGAUUUUAAUAUGUAAAGCUGAGCUUGAUCAAUUUGAUCAAGGUCUUGGCCCAAUACUAAAUGAAGCACAGAAGCAUCCUGAUGUUUUCAAGCCCUUUUUUGUUCAUGUUGGUGAUGUGGAUCUUACCCCAGAAAUGUUUAAAAGUCUAUUGAUGCAUACACACUUAGAUGACCCAAUCAAAGGCUAUUUUUACCAGUAUAUUGAUAACUUGGAUGCAAAGGGUUUGCAAAAGUUGUUGGCAUUUUCUACUGGUGCAAGUAGUAUACCACCAAUGGGUUUUCAUGAACCUGACAAGAUAACUCUCACAACUAUUGAAAGUGUUUUGCAAAAUUCCAAUACAUGUCCUAUGGAUUUAGAACUACCAAAAAAGUUGCCAAUUUUGAAGAUUUUUCCAGACAGAUGA